CACCGUGAGGGCACCCGCCUAUACGCACGUAUAGUACGUUACAAACUCGAUUGGACUCAGGUCGUCCAUAAAAUGUGACUUGGCUGGACUCAAACAAGUUAUACAUCGUUUAUCUAAUAAUCUAGGCUAUAUAUUUGUUUUGUUUUUGUCAAACGAUUCGGUACACGUCGGCAAUGGGGAAAUUGUAUAUAUUUUUAUUGCUUUCGAUUCUUUUUCUGGAUGUGACGCUCCAAGCCAAAGGGAAAACAGUCAGGAGAAACAACAGGAACAGCUCUGACAUGAUUCACCCCAGGACAUUCAGAGGACACUCCCCUACAACAAAGUCCCUCUCUCUCCCAAAUGGGACACAAAAACAAGCGCCCCAUUCUUCCCUCAACGCUCACCCCCUCGUUGAAGAACUUUGGUUACCAAGCAACAGCACAGCUGAGUACCUCAGCGGCGCACUCAGCACCAGGGUCAUCCCCGGUGUUUACCUCCUGGCCAUCGUUGUGGGCAUCCCGGCCAACGUGGCCAUCUUGUCUGCGCUGGUCACCAAAGUGAGGAUGGUUUCCUCCGCCAUCCUGUACUGUAGCCUGGCCCUGUCCGACAUCCUCCUCCUCCUCUCCCUCCUCCCCAAGGUCCACUACCACCUCCACGGCAACCACUGGGCGUUCGGGGAGGCCACCUGCCGGAUGGUCACCGCUUGUUUCUACGGCAACCUCUACUGCUCGGCUCACACGCUUGCCUGCAUUAGCGUGAAGCGCUACCUGGCUGUGGUGCACCCCUUCCUCUACAGACGCCUCCCCAAGAGGGCCUGUUCCGCCUGGGCCUGCCUGGUCGUGUGGCUGGUUUUUGGGGCUGCCGCGGUACCCGAGCUCCUGGUCCAGCAGAGCUACCGACUCCCUCAGCUAGGCCUCACCACCUGCCACGACGUGCUGCCUCUGGACUACAACUCCCACGCGCCCCUGAUUUACUACAAAGUGUUCCUGACCUUCCUGGGCCUGCUUCUGCCUUUGGUGUUGACCGCGGGUUGCUACGCGUUCAUCGUUUACGAGCUCAACCACACGCACUACGACUGGGCGCUUUACGUGAAGGCCAGCUCCCUGGUCUUUGUCAUGUUCCUGGUGUGUUUCGUCCCAGCCGGGACCCUCCACUUCCUCCAUUACGUCCGUCUGUUUGCGGAGGGAGAGGACGGCUUCUACGCCUACUUCAGCGUGGCCGUGUGCCUGUGCUGCCUGCACUCGUGUCUGGACCCCUUCCUGUUCCUCCUCGUGUCCAAGUCAACCCGCACGACGCUACACUUCACCACCCUGAAGGGGAAGGUUCUGAGCGUGACCACGUGAAAAGCCGAGCCCUGCGGGCUCCUGAACAGACUUCGGACAGUCCUUCUCUGACUGAUUGAGAUGACAAUGGUCGUUUUUUUAAAUAGGCGGAAAUCUGUGCCUUUCGUGGAAGUUGAAUGGAUGUCUUAAAAUGAUGUUAACAUUUAACUCAAAAGAGUAUUGUAAGGUUUACUUUGCAAAUAGAGAUGCUGUUCAGAUAUGUCCAUGGGACAUGUAAAUAUGUCCUUUGUUUUGCAUGCCGGGAUAUCCAAAAAGAAGAAACUGGAAACAGGAUGUGUAAUCAGACCAGAGAACUGUCUUCCUGGUUGUAAUCAGCGAGUGCAUGAAUAGGUUACUAUGUUUGUUAGCUCAACUCAGUGCACGGAUGUGUGUGUGUGUGUGUGUGUGCUUGUGAUACAGAGAGAGAAAAUGUACAGUGCAAUUAUUUUCUUACCUAACACCUGUGUAACACAUAUAACAUAUAACAUCCAUGUUAUAUUUUAAAUAAGGAUUCUUCAUAAGGGCUUGUGAAAAAAAGCAUUCCAAGAUCUACUUCCAUGCUUUCCUUCCACCUCCAACCUUCUUCCAGUGCUGUUCAGUGUGGACAGACAGCUGGCCUGCCAAAGAAUCCUCAGAUGGACCGACUAAUCUAGUCAGGCCAGACAGGAGCUCUCACGGUGAAGUGUUAGAUGGUGUCACUUCUAUUGUCCUUCACACAUUUCUUUCCAGAGCUUACCAGUUCUCCAGGAGACAUCCUUGGGAAAACUUUUGAGAUCUGAGUUCUAAGCCAAGGUUCUGUGUUGCCAGUGUUGUAAAUGCCAGCUGUACUGACCCAAGGACGGCUGUGAGUUAGAGAUGGAUGUUGUAGCAUGCAGGCCUUCCCACAAUCCACCACACUGUACCAGUGAACUAUGACCACCUAUGACGUGAUAAAUAUCAUCGAAAGCUGUGAUGCGAUUAGGACUCAUAAAAACGGGUAUUUCAGCAGAGCACUGAUUCGCGGGAGUCUGUGGUUUGGUCAGCCAAUCAGCCUUCUCCUCUUCUGGUCACUCAACAUAACUGAAUCUCAAGCGAACGGAACAACCGAAUGAAAACGCCACGGUUGUUGUCAUAGAGAAUGAAACUCUUUAUUUUAUACAUGUUAGAUCCCAGGGGAAUCCACCUUUGUAUAUUUUACAUUGCACCGUUUAACCAUCCGUGGUCAAAAUAAAACUUGUCAAGGACAGGACUUUUGGCUAAUGGGUAGACAGUGACAACCAGCUCUAUCGAUUGUUUCCAGCGAGAGCGGGUCCCAGUCCAGAGGUCAGCAGUGCCUGGCUUUCAACACAUCUAUAAUCAGAUUGAUACAGUACAUGCUAUGGACAUGUAUAUGUAUUAUAGACAUGUAUCAGUUAUCAUGUGACCAGGGGCGGU